UCGGAAAUGUAAAAGUACUAGUUAGAUGAAACAAACACUACUCAUUUAUUAAAAAAAAUUAUAAAUCUUAAAAAAAUGGAAGAAAGUUCGGUUUUAUGGAUGCUUUCCUUCGUAAUGCUUAUUGGUUCCUGUAUAGCUGGGUCAUUGCCUUUAGUUAUGAAUUUGUCUGAGGACAAAUUACAACUGGUUUCGAUACUUGGUGCCGGACUUCUUGUAGGCACUGCACUAGCUGUAAUUAUACCCGAAGGUAUAAGAGUAUUGUUUACUGGUGGAAACAACAAUGAUCAAGGGUUUUACAGUAUUAGUUUAAUACUUGGUUUUGUAUUUAUGCUUCUGGUUGAUCAGUGCUCAGCUAGAAGAAACGGAGGAAGAGAAAGGAGCGUUACUGCUACUUUGGGCCUUGUAGUUCAUGCAGCAGCUGAUGGAAUAGCAUUAGGAGCUGCUGCAACUACAUCACAAGCUGAUGUAGAGUUAAUCGUAUUUUUAGCAAUAAUGCUACAUAAGGCACCUGCUGCAUUUGGUCUUGUGUCAUUUUUACUUCACGAAGGAGUAGAUAGGAAAAGAAUAGGUAGAAAUCUUUUAAUAUUUUCUUUUGCCGCUCCUUGCCUUGCUCUUGUAACGUAUUUUGGUAUUGGAAAGGAAGGAAAAGAAACGCUUAGUAAUGUCAAUGCAACUGGCUUGGCAAUGUUGUUUAGUGCAGGUACAUUCCUGUACGUUGCAACUGUGCAUGUGUUGCCAGAAUUAAUGACGAGAAAUAGCAAAUACACGCAUCUACCGACUACCGAAAAUGCGACAGUGUCUUCUGGACUUAAAGUUAAAGAAAUAUUAGUUUUAGUGAUUGGUUCAUUUUUACCUGCAUUAAUUACAACUGGUCACCAUCAUUGACGAAGUAUCAUACAAAACAUUGCAUCUGUGUUUUCACUAUGUACAAUAUAAAAUGUCCCCCUCAUUAAAGGGUAUAAUUUUUUUACAAACUCCAUGAUUUUGGUCUAAAAUCGUGAAACGAUGUCUAAAAAAUUUGUCAAUUUAGACAUUUUUUAAAAUAAUAAUCAAGUGAUAUACUUUUAUGUAUUGUAUAUAACUGUAGA